AUGACUGUCAAGGCUGUUUGCGUCUUCCGUUCCAACGAGAAGAACGUCUCUGGAACCAUCCACUUCACCCAGGAGAACGAGUCCGCUCCCGUCCACGUCAAGGCCGAGCUCGCUGGCCUGCCCGCGGGCAAGCACGGAUUCCACGUCCACGAGUUCGGUGACAACACCAACGGAUGCAUGUCUGCCGGUGCCCACUUCAACCCCCACGGCCAGACCCACGGUGCUCCCGACGCCCAGGUCCGCCACGCCGGUGAUCUCGGCAACGUCAACGCCACUGCUGACGGCAAGGCCGCCCUCGAAAUCACCGACUCUCAGAUCAAGCUCAUUGGACCCCACAGCAUCAUCGGUCGCACUGUUGUCGUCCACGAGGGUGAGGAUGAUCUCGGACUUGGAGGACACGAGCUCUCGUCCAGCACCGGCAACGCUGGAGGCCGUCUUGCCUGCGGUGUCAUUGGUAUCACCAAGUAA